UUCGUUGUUCUUUAGCUGAAGAUUUAAGCGGAGCUCCAUUUGGGGCCAUUUGGAUCCGAUCCGAUCCGAUAACGAUAUUCCUCUCGCGCGAGAUCUCCAGUGAGAUGAGGCGGCACCCGAGCUCGCCGCGGCGGCGGGGCCGCCGACGCUCGAGGCUUCUCCUCCUCUUCGUGGUCUCCACCGUGCUUCUCAUACUCCUCUCCUGGAUCUCAUCGGCCACUAUCGAUCCUUCUCGCGAUCCGGCCCUCCCUUCCCCUGACGCUGGCCGGGACAAUCAUGAGGAUGGUGGUUUGGAAUUAGCUGUGGAGGAGAGGCGAGAGGGGUGUGCGACGGUGGAGAAGAUGGGGGAGGCCUUCGCUGUGGGGUCGGAGAAUGAGAGCCUUAGAGUCAGGGAGCUCAUCCAGCACCACUUCGAUCUCCAUGGAGCUGCUAGAGUCCGAGGGCUAUCUCCACACGAGUUCUGCAAACAGGGUUUUGUGAUAGGGAAAUCAUCAGAGGCAGGUUUUGGCAAUGAAAUGUACAAGAUUUUAACUGCAGCAGCAUUAAGUAUAAUGUUAAACCGGUCCUUGAUCAUUGGGCAAACCAGGGGCUCAUAUCCCUUUGGGGAAUACAUUUCUUAUACCAACCAUUCAUUUACCUUGAAGGAGGUCAAGCAUUUAUGGAGAAAGAAUAAGUGUGGUGAAAAAUACGGAAGAAAUUUAGUAGUUAGAGUUGAUAAUUUUGAGCAUCCAUCAGAAACAAAUGUUCUUUGUAGUGAUUGGAGACUUUGGAAACAACCAAUUAUCUGGUUUCAAGGAACAAAUGAUGCGGUAGCUAUUCAAUUUUUUCUUAAGAAUGUACAUCCUGGGAUGAAGAAUGCUGCUUCAAUUCUUUUUGGCGAACCUGAGUCGUUUCAUUCCAGACCUAAUGUAUUUGGGGAGCUUAUGAGAAUUGUCAUUUCUCCUUCAUUAUCAAUUAAGGAUGCUGUUGAUCAGAUCUUGAAAAGUGGCGACCCUGACAUUGCAUUACACAUGCGCAUGCUAGCAAACAGGUCUGUAAGAGCCAUUCAGGCGGCAGUUAAGUGCAUUAAAAGAGCAGUUCAUGACCAUCAACCUAAAAUUGCAAGACCACAAGUGGUUGUGGUUUCAGACACUCCUUCAUUGGUUUCAGACAUAAGGCCACACCUUGCUGAAUUUGCUGAGGUUAUUCAUUUUGAUUACAAGUUAUUCAAGGGAAACAUAUCAAUUGGGAGCUUCAACAGGCAACACCAGCCCUUAGAUUUUAGAGUGAAGGACUGGGGGCCAGCACCGAGAUGGGUUGCAUUUGUUGAUUUUUUCCUUGCUUCCCGGGCCAAGCAUGCUGUUGUCUCUGGAGCGCACCGUCGUGUUGGAACAACAUAUGCUCAGCUGAUUGCAGCAUUAGCAGCAGCAAAUCAAUAUGGUAAAAAAGGUUUUGGAACUUCCAAUUUUUCAUUCUUCAGCAGCUUCCAUAGUAACCUGCUGGCAGAAGGCCUGAAGAAUCAGAUUGGUUGGGGCCACAUCUGGAAUAGAUUUGCCGGCCCGCUGAGUUGCCGCCACCAGCGACAUCAAUGUGCUUUCACUCCACUCCUCCCUCCAGCUUGGUGGGACAGUGAAUGGCAAAGCCCCAUUCCUCGCGACAUCCACCGGUUGCAGACUUAUGGUGUCCAGCUUACUGAAGAUGGCAAGGUCAUUGAGAGUAGUCUCAAUUCUUUUUGUAAAUCAAGAAAAGAAUACGUAAAGAUUCUCCGAGUUUCGCCACAAUGUAAGAAUUCCAAAUGUGCUUGAACUCUGAAAUGGAGCAGUUCCUCAUGUACUUGAGAUUAGAACUUUGUCUCUAGGUUCCAUGGUGUGCUAUCGAUUUAGAGGCAAAUUCAGGAUGUACUAUUCAUUCUUUCUUCUUCCUACUGUUGCUUGCAGUAUGGAAGGUUAUAUCAUUGCUUUCCAUAAAUGAUAUGUACAUUGUUCACUGGACGUGGGAAAUGUUCUGAAAUGAUACCAGUAUACUGGCAAAUAAAAGUAGUAUUAUUGAAAUUCGGACCUAUU